AUGGCGCACCGAGCCAGCACGCGCUAUUUCUCAACAGCCCUUCAUUUCUACCAAAACCGACAGUUGGAACUCUAUGCGUCCAAGGAAGCGAAGCGGUUGACACUCAGACAACUCGUGUUCUUUGGACGGUCAAUGAGCGAAGAGCGUCUGAUCAAGAGUGCCAACUACGUCCGCACCGAAUUGCCUGUUCGAAUCGCUCACCGUUUGCGCGACCUUCAGCGUCUACCCUACAUUGUGGUGACUCAAGAGGGUGUUGCGAAAGUGUAUGAGCUUUAUUGGUCGGCUUUUGAGAAAUUUCGUCAAUACCCACCCAUUACAACGCUGGCCGAGAAUGAGAAAUUCUGCGAGUUUCUUCACACCCUUCUACACGAACACUCCCCGGUUAUCCCAAAUCUCUCUCUAGGAUUGUCCCUUUCGUCGCCUUACCUCUCGCCGGAUGACCUGGAUGCUUUCAUGCGCCGCAUGCUUGUAUCGCGCAUUUCUCGACGUGUUUUGGCAGAACACCAUAUUGCUCUUUCUGAAAACUUUGCCGGUCGGGGUCAGGAGACCAGUGGAGAACCGCACGUCGGAAUCAUCUUCACAGGGCUCAAUAUUAAACGAAGCGUUGAGCAUUGUGCGAAGUUGCUAGCGGAGGGUCCGCUCUCUAUGGCACAUUCAUCAGGUCGGUGCCCCAAUGUCCUUGUCGAUGGCCACACGGACACGGCUUUCGCAUACAUCCGCGAACAUCUCGAAUAUAUCAUAUUCGAGCUUCUGAAGAACUCAAUGCACGCUACUUCCCUGAAGCACAAGGACGCUGUUACACUCCCGCCCGUCCAGGUGACGAUUGUCGCUGGUGAUCACGAUGUUGGGAUUCGCAUAUCUGAUCAAGGUGGCGGCCUCCGUGAUGAAUAUAACCGGCCAGUUCGUGCGUCUGAUAUAUUCUCUUUCUCGCAUGUAAGAAAUGCUGGAAGAUUGGACGAUUCUCGCCUGGGAGCACUUCGUAACGCCAGCAAAAGCGACCAAGGUGUGCGUGGCACAGUGGGAGAGCAGGUUGGGCGAUGGCAAAAAGCAAACGGGGAUGACGGAGACGAUUUAUCAAUAAAUCCUGUCGAAGUCCUUCACCCGCGAAUUGGCAUUGGGUUGCCCAUGAGCUAUAUCUUCGCCACCUAUUUUGGAGGCACCUUAGAUUUGGUAUCGUUGGAUGGUUGGGGCACGGACGUGUAUCUGCGACUUCCAAAGCUUGGAACUAAUCUGGAAGGAAUAGAAGUCUGA